AUGUUAAAACCUAUCACAUCAUUCUUCAAACCUAACCAAUCAGUCAAACGAAAACUGAGUGAAACUCAAGCAAAUGGGGACUCAAGCAAUGAAUCGGUAGCUAAACAACAGAAAACAUUGCAACAACAGUCCAAACAGUCCACUAUUAGCACAAUUAGCACUGUUUGUGAUUUGAGUGAAAUAAUUGCUAAGCAAUCGGCUAAAACCAGUGCUCUCUCUCCUAAUAUUGGCCACACUUGGUUCAGAGCACUUCGAUCUGAGUUCUCCAAACCUUAUUUCCAACAAUUGAGCACAUUUUUGGAAUCGGAGCGCAAUUUGUCGACUAUUUAUCCUCCGAUCGAACAGGUCUUCUCGUGGACUCUCAUGAAUGACAUUUCUCACACAAAAGUAGUGAUUCUCGGUCAGGACCCCUAUCACGGCCCAAAUCAGGCUCACGGCUAUGUCCGAAAGGGAGUUGCGGCGCCCCCGAGUUUGCUUAAUAUGUUUAAAGAGCUUGAAUCUGAUAUUAAUGGCUUUAAGAAACCAAAUCACGGAGAUCUCACGGGUUGGGCCAAUCAGGGUGUACUUUUGUUGAACGCAUGCCUUACAGUUAAGGCACAUAACGCCAACUCUCAUUCAAAUAAGGGUUGGGAGCAAUUUACUGAUGCUGUCAUCAAAUGGCUUAACUCUAACCUCUCAUCCGUUGUAUUCUUAUUGUGGGGCUCUUACGCUCAAAAGAAGGGAAGCGUUAUAAACAAAUGCUUCAAAGCGCACACCCGAGUCCUCUUUCUGCUUACAGAGGCUUUCUUGGAU